GGCUGCCGCCCCGCCGCCACGGGGAGGGGCCGGGACCUCGCCCAGCGCCGCCGCCGGGGCGUGGCAGGCUGGUCCCCUCGCAGCACGCACCAUGCCCGCCGUCGACAAACUGCUCCUGGAGGAGGCUUUGCAGGACAGCCCGCAGACUCGGUCUUUGCUUAGUGUAUUUGAAGAAGAUGCAGGAACGCUUACUGAAUAUACAAACCAGUUGCUUCAGGCAAUGCAACGAGUUUAUGGCGCUCAGAAUGAAAUGUGCCUUGCCACACAGCAGCUUUCAAAGCAGCUCCUUGCCUAUGAAAAGCAGCAUUUUGCCUUAGGUAAAGGAGAUGAAGAAGUGAUAUCCACCCUUCACUACUUUUCAAAAGUUGUGGAUGAGCUCAAUAUCCUUCAUUCCGAACUAGCAAAACAGCUUGCAGAUACAAUGAUUCUACCAAUAAUACAAUUUCGGGAAAAAGAUCUCACAGAAGUAAGCACGUUGAAGGAUCUUUUUGGCCUUGCUAGCAAUGAACAUGACGUGUCCAUGGCAAAGUAUAGCAGGUUACCGAAAAGGAAAGAAAAUGAAAAGCUUAAGGCAGAAGUGGCAAAAGAAGUGGCAAAUGCAAGAAGAAAGCAGCACCUUUCGUCUUUGCAAUAUUACUGUGCCCUGAAUGCUCUGCAGUACAGGAAGAGAGUGGCAAUGGUGGAACCUAUGCUAGGAUAUACACGAGGACAGAUCAACUUUUUUAAGAAAGGAGCAGAGAUGUUUUCCAAAAGAAUGGACAGCUUUUUGUCAUCUGUUUCAGACAUGGUUCAAAGUAUCCAAGGAGAGCUGGAUGCUGAAGCUGAAAAAAUGAGGAUAUCCCAGCAGGAUUUAAUUGCAGUUAAUGAAUCUGUUUACACCCCAGAUUCUGAUGUAACUUCACCUGUUAUCAAUAGAAAUCUCAUCCAGAAGGCUGGCUACCUUAAUCUUAGAAAUAAAACAGGUCUGGUGACUACAACUUGGGAAAGACUGUAUUUCUUCACUCAAGGUGGCAACUUGAUGUGUCAGCCAAGAGGAGCAGUAGCUGGAGGAUUGAUCCAGGACCUGGACAACUGUUCUGUUAUGGCUGUAGACUGUGAAGACAGAAGAUACUGCUUUCAGAUCACUACUCCUACAGGCAAAACGGGUAUAACCCUUCAAGCAGAAAGCAAGAAAGAAUAUGAAGAGUGGAUAUGUGCCAUCAACAACAUCUCCAGACAGAUAUAUCUCACUGACAAUCCAGAGGCAGCUGCAAUCAAGUUAAAUCAGACAGCCCUACAAGCAGUGACUCCCAUUACCAGCUUUGGAAAAAAACAUGAAGUUCGCCACCCAAGCCAGAAUGUAAAGAAUACAGAAAAUGAUAAAAUAAUUCCCAGCGAAUCAGCUGGCAUUCAAGACUCCACGCAACUCAUUGCUCCUGGAACACCAAUUCAAUUUGAUAUCGUACUGCCUGCCACAGAAUUCCUGGACCAGAACAGAGGUGGCAGGCGUGCAAAUCCAUUUGGGGAAUCUGAAGACAGCAGCAAAGAUGAGGAGCAAGAUUCACUCUUGCAGCAGAUGUUUGUAGUUCGGUUUUUAGGAUCUAUGGCUGUUCAGUCAGAUGAAACAAGUGAGGUCAUUUAUGAAGCUAUGAGACAAGUGUUAGCUGCUCGUGCCAUUCACAACAUAUUCCGUAUGACUGAAUCCCAUCUCAUGGUCACCAGCAAGAACUUGAGGUUAAUAGAUCCUCAAACCCAGGUUACACGAACAAGUUUUGAACUCGCCACCGUGACACAGUUUGCUGCUCAUCAGGAUAACAGACGACUGAUUGGCUUUGUGGUCCAUCUCAGUGAGACUCUGGGAGAAGAAUCCAUGAGCGCCUAUGUUUUUGAGAGCAACACAGAAGGGGAAAAGAUUUGCUAUGCCAUUAGCUUGGGAAAAGAAAUCAUUGAGGCACAGAAGGACCCAGAAGCAUUAGCUCAGCUGAUGAAGUCUGUGCCAUUAACGAAUGAUGGAAAGUUCAUGCUUCUGAAUGAUCAGUCAGAAGAGGAUGGAACCAUGCAUGAAGAAGGAGAGGAAUCGGAAGCAUAAAAACACUCAUCGUUUCCUGCAGCCUGUGUUGGAGCAGGAAAAGCAGGGAAUCAUUUUGCAAUAAUCUCUGGUUUUCAGCCUUCUGCGCACAGCCAAGGGCCAGCUGCCACCUUCCUGCUAGGAAGUGCGCGGUGUCUUUGGAGUUUUCUCUGGAUUUACAAUGAAAACAGCAGCUGCACUUGACCUUUGGGGCUUUUUUUGCAUUUGUGACUGUGUAGCGUAGAGGUGGGAAGUUGACAAUCUUGGGGAAUGUUUUGGGAUUAGCCCCUUCCCGCUGGUAGUGAGGAGAGCACAGUUGAUAGCCACAAAGGGUUAAUGUCGUUCUUUGUAUUUACAUGGUGAGUAGCUGAGGACAGCUCCACUGUAGUUGGUGCAAGCUGUAAGCCGUAGACUCCCUUAAACAAAUAUUAGGCCUCAAACUUCCUACCCUAGUCAGUUUUCAUAGCUUGCAUGAUUAUGUGCAUCUAAAUGAAGGUUAAAAAUGCACUAUUAUUUACUGUAUUUUCAGAUGAAGUUAUUUUUAGUCUAGUCUAAGUGUAAUAAGAUUUAUCUUUUGUGCUAGCCUAUUCACAAAACAAUUUGUUAAACACUAAAUUUUUCCUAUUAAUAUAAUCUAUUUUUAUAUUGCAUCUAGAAUAAGCUUACGAAAGAAAUCUAAGUGCCUAUUCUUACCUUCUUGGGACCACACUCCCACAGUCUGUAAUUAAAUAUGGACUUAAUGUACCUCCUUGAUUUAUUAUCCUAAACACUGCUGACAUGCAAACAUCAAAACUAGUCAACAAAUGGCGUGUGUGAGUUGUGUGCAGUUUUUCUGUGGUUAGGUUUCUUAAAAGUUAAGUUGCCAGAGGUGAUAACUAGGUCAGACAGGUACUUUUAUAAUAAGAAUUCUUUGUAUUUUUAACAUUAUGGUUACCUGAGUCUACCAGCAACCUGUGGUUU